AGCCAGCUCGGCUCAUCCCAUACAUUGUCUCUCGAGGGCCACUUGCCGCCUCAUCCUCUACCACAACUCAAGUUCGGCUGCGAAGCUGAACUCCUACUCACCAUUCGACCAUUCAACUUUGCACCGUGAUGGCGCCGGCGAUCGCCAGUGCUGCCUCUGCAGAGCAUCGCCCGCUUCUGACGUCGGGCUGCGGCGCAGGGCCCGGCGCGCAGUGCCGCGGCGGCCUCCGGCGCGCGCAGUCGGCGCCGGUGCUGUGCCCGGGGCCCGCGGUGCCGAGCCAGUCCGGCUGCCCCGCCCUCGCGUGGGCGGACAUGCUGGAGCUCGACGCCCUCCUCCCCGACGACUCGCUCAGGUCCUCGAGCGGCGAUGGUCUCUCGGUCAGGUCCUCGAGCGACGAUGGCCUCUCGGCCAUCCUGGCCGGGCUCGAUGCUGGCGGGCCCUCCCCGACCAGAUCGCACCAGCACUCGCCGGCUGCCGCUGGCACGCCGCUCGGGUUGCCUUUCGAGGCGCCCUUCGACACGCUGCCGCUCAAGAUGCCGGCGGCCUCGGAUCGGGCGGUCCACGGCACCCGCACGCCUCUCAGCACCAAAGCAGCGCCGUUCUUCGCCGCGGGUGCCUCCGUGGCCGGGACCUUGUUGCAGCGGAGCUCUGGCACUUGGGCUUUCGGUCGCGACGGCGAGCGGCUGUUGAACGCGCACCAGACGAACGACGCCUGCAGCGCGCCAGAGACGCGCACGACCGUGAUGAUGCGGAACGUGCCCUACAUGUGGACGCGCGAGAAGCUGCUUGCGCUGCUGGACUCGAAGGGCUUCGCGGCGAAGUACGACUUCGUGGGCUGGCGGCCAUCCCGAUCGACUUUGAGACUACUCAUACCCGCGGCUACUCUUUUGUUAACCUGACCAGCCCAAGUUACGUGAAAUCUUUCUUCGAAACGUUCGGCGGUUUCUGCGAUUGGCAAUGUCAGUUUUGCUGGAAGGAGUGCCAGGUAUGCUGGAGCGAAACACAGGCUUUGCAGUCCAACAUCAACCGCUACAAGAACAGCAACAUCAUGGACCCAUCGGUACCCGAUGAAUACAAGCCGAUCAUAUUGAAGGACGGCGUGCGCAUUCCGUUUCCGCAGCCCACCCGAGAGUGCCGCGAGUUUGACCAGCUUUCUAGAACCAGCAAGGGUUGGCGGAAAGCGGCGAACAUCGCAUUAUGUGCAACGAGAGACCGCUGCAUGUGAGCGCAGACGCCAUCUCCAUCCCGAACGUCCCGUCUCAUUCUGCCUCAUUCGCCGUCUCAUCAGAGUCUGGCUUCUCCUUGCCCUCGUUAUUUCAUUUUCCCGAUCAUUGCACAUCCCCGAAUUGUUGCUCAGCUGGCGCAGCGGGAGCAAGCCACUUACGCGGCCUGGACGGCGGCCUGCUCCCCUAGGCCACGACAGCCUCAAAUGGCUUCUCAGUGUAGCCAUCACGCCUUGGCUCAUUGCCAGCUGGCUGUAAUGGUGAGCUUGCCUCGACCGAGUCUUACGAUCCCUGUUAACUAAUUCGUAGAUCAACAGUGACUUGCUUCACUGGACCUCUUGGACCAGCCAGCGGCCAUAGCAUCUCGUCAGCGGAUGACACCCAGCGGCUGCUAGUUGUGCCGCCCAAUGCCAGUGUGUCUGAGUCCAGCUCCGUUGUACUGCCAGUUUUCAAAGCUCGCGCUCCUUUGUGAUGUUUGAUCCUGGCCCGGGUGACCCAGGCAUGCCGCCGCUAGACGGGUUGCCUCGUUGGCGCACGUGUUGGCGAGGGUUUGUUGGUUUGGUUGGCCACCACCAGGUCGGUUGGCGCUUGGAACAGGGAGACGAAAUCGUGGAGUCGCGCAUGUGAAGCGUACUUGUAUGCGUCCGCUUUUCCAUGCACGCGUCCGCCCUUGCAUGCAUGCAACCGCCCGCACAGCGGGAGGCCCCCCCUCCCUCCGCAUUUGCAUGAGUCCGUCUCGCCUCUCCCAUGCUCCGCUUGUCUUCUCCGCAGUCGCUUGGGUCACAGGGGGUGCCGCUUGUCCCGCCCUCCCGUCCCCGGGUGUGACCUCGUGUGCGCUACUUGGGCAAUGAAGAAAAAAGCGCGUAGGAGGAGGAUCAGGAUUCACGAUGUUCCCAAGGGCUCACCAGCUUUCAUCAGAGUCGCGGGCUCAAUGAGCCGACAGACGGCAUUGCUGAUAGCUCGUUCUGCGCACCGCGAUGCAGCGGCACUUUGCCCCACUACGUAGGGGGUUCAAUGCCAGCGUGAGCUUGUGACUGACGCCAUGCUCGCGGACUCGUGCUCGCUGUCGCACAUCUGCUUCGCUUCAAUGGCAGAUAUCUUGGUCAGCCGCUUUGUGUUCUUACAGGAGAGCCGUGCUUCUGGAGCUGGCCUGCGAGAACUGGAGUUUGUUCUCGUGCCCCUAGCAGCAGCAACGUUGCCCGACAAUUCACGACGGGAACUGCCGACCCCACUUCCCAGUUGCCCUCCUACGACAAGGCGUCGCUCGGGUCUCAAGAGUUUUUCGUUUUUGCUG